AUGGAAAUAUGGCCAACCUCCAAUAUUGGCAUAACUUCGACGCGUAGAUCCCGCAAGAUCUGUGGAACCCAGAUUGUACCAUCCUGGUUUUUGUCUUCCUCUGCUGAGUGUAUCUCGACACCUCCGUCAAUGCCAGCUGACUGCCAGCGUGACCUCCAGCAAAAUGAGCUGUAUAUUCAUUUCCUUGGUUGUAACACCUACCAAGCUUGGCGCUGCGAUAGAACGGACCCAGUUGUGUGGUUUGAGCUUACAGAGGGCAAGGUAUACGAACUGCCGGAUGAAGAGCACCCUCGAGCGUUCAUCGUGACCGAGAGUGGCCUGCCAUCUUGGGUGCUCCCCCACACUGUCGAGCACGUGUAUAAAAGGCUUCGGCAUGUUAAUUCUCAAGAUGCCAAAGGCAAGAGUAAGGUGGUGGAAUAG